AUGAACAAAGCCUUAAUUUUUAUCAGUCAAAUUGUGGGCUAUAUGACGAAAACAAGUUGCUAAAUUUGUUUAAGCAAAUAAACUCUUGAUCAAAUGUCUGAAAAGAAAAAUUAUCUCUCAAACUUCGCAAGCAGCCUUUUGAUCAACACAAAAACACAGUAAAUUAUGCAGCCCAUAUUGUGCUUGUCUAUUCUGUAUGCCCAAACAACAGCAUAACCGUCUUAGGAGCUACUGCCUGUCUAAGCUCUAAAUAUUAUGUUGACAAUAAGGUUUGUGCAAAUGCAUGCCCAUCUCUUUUUAGUUAUUAUCAGCUAUAUUGCCCCUUUGCUUGCAGCAAAAUGUGUGGCAAGCCCACUGACGCAGGCGCUAUUUUAUUUACAUUGGAAUUUUCCAAUAUCAAAGACUUAUCAGCAACUUAUAUUGCAAGCACUAGUAACUCUGCCGAUAAGUGGAACAACCCAGGGUCUAUUUCUUAUAAUUCUCCGACCCAAAAUUCACCACUUCCGACAUAUGAUCGUGGGUUUUAUUUUGCAACAACUUCAGGAAUCACUAGUAACCAGAGCUACACCCCAGCAGUUUAUUUUAUAUUAACCCUAUGAAUUAAGCCACUUGCCAGUGGGGAAAUUUUAAAUGUCAUUUCAAGCUCAACCCAAUAUCUCCGAAUAUGGGCUGAUUCCUCUGGAGUUUAUAGUGUGGGCGUGCAUUUAUUCCUGUAAUUUUAAUAUUUAAUAAGUGCCAGUAGAAGAGCAGGCUAAAAGUAAGCAUAAGCUAUAUAAAUUUACUGCAAAAAUUUAUGAUUCCAGUGGAAAUGCCAAUACAGUUACUGGUUCUGGCUCUUCUUAUUCGUCAUCUUGGCAUUCAGCUUCGAUGCUUCUCGAGCAAACUUCUUGUAAUUCAGCAAGCAUUAUUUUUUACAUUGACGGGUCAUCGGUUGGGACAACACCUUUAUCUUCUGCAGAAGUAAGCUUCCCUACUGGAACUUAUACGUGAACGAUUGGGAAUACUAGUGGAGGAAACUCAUUUAGAGGGUUUAUUUAUUGGCUACAAGCUAGAGCUGACACUAAUACAAAUUAUGUGGAUAUGCCGAACAAAAUUAACUGUAUUGAUAAUCAGUUUUGAGAUGGAGCUGCCUGUCAGAAUUGUGAUACAAGCUGUCCUACCUGGCCUUGGUGCAUUAGAAGCACAGACUGCAGGAUUUGUUAUACUUCAGACUGCAGUGCUUGCUAUGGGUAUUCGCUUUCUAUGUGUACCGCAUGCUUUACAGGGAUAGUUCCUGGGUGUUGUGAUAUUUUAGGGACAACUUGUACACAGACCUGGACAAAUACAGCCUGCAACACUGGAGUCCCUAAUAAUGCAGGAGUUUGCUUGUAUGGGUAUCCAGUUGGCUGGUGGAACUGUGGAGGAAAUUCUUGUUUUGGUACGACAACUGGAGAUUUCACAGGGACUUUUGCAGGGAUUUAUACUUCAGUUUAUAUUACAGGGACAAGCUCAAGCAGCUAUAAUUAUUGGAAUUCUCCUGAAGGGUCUGAUCCAUUGCCAGCAAAAAAAAGAGGACUUUACUUUAAUUCCAAUCAAUAUUUGACAGUGACUCAGAAUUUGUCCAAUACUUGGAGUAUAGGGAUGUGGAUUUUUGCUACUUCAGGGACUAUUAUUAGCCAUACCACUAAUAAGCUUACUAUAAGUUCGAGUGGGACUAUUAAUUUUGACUUACAAAAAUGGGAUGGGACUUAUGCAAGCUAUUCGACAUCACAGACUAUAACUUUGAAUGCAUGAAGCUAUGUUUCUUAUUCAGUAGGGUUUGCAAGUAAGACUACAACGUUAACUCCAUAUUAUAAUACAGUAGCUGGGACAGCAGUAACAGCUUUAAAUUAUGUAUUUCGGUUAGCAAGUGGUGAGACUUUAUAUAUAGGUAAAGGGUCUCCAAAUUUCAAUGGCUUUAUCAGCUAUUUCCAGCUGUGAGGAACCACUAUAGCUAUUCCACAGUAUUGGCCGCUAUACUAAAAAAAAUACCACAAAAACACUAGGUUUGAGAUAGUUUUCUUUCCUAUCUCAGUCUAGGCAUCUCAAAUAACAUUUGUUAUUUUUCAUAAAAAAACAAUAUGAUAAAUACAAAUUUCAAAUGCCAAUAAUAAUCUAUUAUAAUGGAAGAGCUAUACCACUGACUUUUCUACUCCUUAUAAUCUUUUUGGCUUUUCUGGAGGCAUAGUGGCAACUUUAUGGUCCUGCGACUACUCUCAUUAUUAUGAUGGAAGUAUGUGCCAGCCAUGUAUAGGUACAUGCACAAUGGGCUGUACCCGAGGGACAUCCUGCUAUAUCUGUGACGACUUUUUAUGCAAACAAUGCUCAUCAUUUUUAUCAGGUGCCUGCACGUUAUGUAUCGAUAAUGCCUCUGGGACUCCAUGCUCCUGCAAUUCUGGGUUUUAUCAGCCGAUAAAUCAAGCUUUAUGCUCUGCUUGCUAUACUGGAUGUGCUUCUUGCACUGGCUCAGCUUAUUAUUUGUGUGCAUCCUGUGGCUCUAGCUAUUUUUUAUAUGGCAGCAUACAAUGUCUUUCAAAUUGCCCUACUGGGUAUACAGAAAAUACAGGCACAAAAAGCUGUGAUUUUUUGUCGAAUACUGGGCUGAGCAUAGUUUUUUAUGAUAAAAUUAUGCUUAAUUCUAUUGCGGGAGUCCAAGUAGGAUCUUCUAAUUCAAAUACAUAUCCUAGUUAUGAUUCAAAUGAUCCAUAUCCAUCAUAUCUAAUUUCCCACCUUUAAGAACGAGCAAUAUUUUUUGCUCUUAAAGGAGGGCUUAUUUUUUUAAAAAUUAUUUUAAAAUUCUAUCUAUUUUUAAAGAUACUUGUAAAUAUUGCCUUGGUACCGGUAUAAGGCCCAUAUUGGUGUUAGCUUCGUAUUAUCCCAAUUCCAGGAUAAAAAGCUGGCAACCUGUAUGGGCGUAAACUGGUGCAUACUAAAUAUUUAUUUUAAAAUUGUAAACUGUCUUAUAGCAUAAUUAUUAAGACAUCUUUAUAAAAUUUGCAAUUGAGCAAAUUAUAUUAAAAAUAUUGCUUACUCUUUAAUGGUUAAUUUCUCCAAAAUAGGUAUUUUGCUAUCAUUUUCCUCAUUAUUAAAGGAGGAAGAGUAAGAGGCUACUAUUUCAGUGGUAGUUACUAUCUGUCGACUAAUACCGUGAUUGGGCCUUAUUUUACUGUUUCAAUAUGAGUAUAUCCAACUGGGGCUGGAACUAUUGUCUCGAAAACAAUUUCUGGGAUUGAAAUAUUUUGCUUAAUUCAGUUCAAUAUCGAUAACUUUUUUUGCCAUUUUCUAUAAAUUUAUUUAUCACAAAUUCUAUUUUAUUAAAAAAAUUAAGAGUAAUUAAAUUACAUUAUAUAUUUAAUUUAUAAAAAAAACUGUAUUUUUAAGAAUUUUUUAUUAACUGUGAUUUGCUUCAGUAAAAUCCAUAGUGAAAAAUUAUUGCUUAUAUAAUUAGAGUUAGAAAUUUUAAAUGGGUCUGGAUACCCAAAGCUCUCCAUCACUUUGAGCGACUCAUCAUCCUUUUCAGUAACUUUAUCCCAUUCUGCACUGAAUAGUUGAAACUUUAUCGCAUUUACAGGAAAAAUCGACACAAGUUACAUAACAACAAUAAACUCAUAUUUUAAUUCUCUUGCAACAGAUUCAGGCUCCUCGUCAAAUGCUGCUUAUUUUCAGGAUCGCAGUUCAGGCACUCUUUAUACUGGGACAAAAUCUACCUUAAGCAGUGGAUUUACUGGAUUUUUAUAUGACUUAAAUAUUUAUAACGUCGAAAACUUACAGUACAGCGACUAUACAACAUCAAGCUGCACUUCUCCUUGCACAAGCUGUCCUAGCGAUCAUAAUUGUCCUAACUCUUGUCCGUUAUUGCAAUAUUAUGACGGCUCUUCUUGCGCUAAUUGUAUGGGAUCUUGCACAAAAGGAUGCAGAUAUACAGAUACUUGCGGACUUUGUAAGACAAAACAGUGCUAUGAAUGUACUUCUUUUUCUGGAUCUUGCUCAAGCUGCAUUACAAAUGCAGAAAGUGAUGGGUCUGAUGGGUGCCAAUGCAAGACAAAUGCUUUUUGGCAUUCUAGUACAGCGACUUGUGACUUUUGUGAUGCAAUUUGUUCUGUAUGUAAGCAAACUACUUAUUUUGAGUGCACUACUUGCGAUACAGGGAAACAAUUAGUAGACAGUACUUGUUUAAAUGAUUGUCCAUAUGGCUAUGGAACUUCUUGUUCUUCAGUGUCAACACCAGUGAUUGAUCAAUUAUUCGACACUGAUUUCCAAGGAUCUUAUGGGAUUUUUACUACAGGAGCAGACUCAAGUUCUUAUCAAUUUUUUAAUACCCCUGAGACUGUAGAUCCUGUCCCUGCCUAUGCAAGAGGACUAUAUUUUGAUGGAAACAUGUAUUUAUUAUCUUCAGUUUCUGUCUAUCUUUCUCAUAGUUUUUCUAUUGGUGCAUGGAUUUAUGUAGCUACUAAUGGAGAUUUAUUGCAAAAACAAACAAGGCUAACAGUUUCAUCAACAGGCGCUAUAACAGCUUUAAUGGAAGACACUGCACAAGCAACAUCUACACGAACUUUAUCCCCAAGCUCCUCAUUCACUGGCUGGGCUUAUGUGUCUUUUACUUUAUAUUAUACAUCAAAUGCUUCGCCUAUUAUUCUGUAUAUAAACGGAGUUUCAGCAGGGUCGACUACUAUCUCUGGCAGAAUAUAUAGGGACCAAGCAUCAACCAAUCUGCAGCUAGGAAAAAGUAGUAGCUCUGGGUUUGUAGGGUUUAUUUAUUAUUUUCAGCUGUGAAAUACUCGGAUUACAGGGUUUUCAGCUAUUAUCAAUGGCUUUACGUUUUGUGGAUCAGGGCUAGGAGCUUCUUGUUUAUCGACAUGUGGGAUCUCUACCUAUAAAAACGGUGCUUCUUGCUCUGCUUGUAAUUCCUGCAGCACAGGAUGUAUCAGAGCUAAUACAUGUAAUAUCUGUGACGAUCUAUUAUGCUCUAUCUGUGCAGGUUUUGGCUCAGGAAAAUGCAAUAAUUGUGUAUCCAAUGCUUCAAAAAACCCAAUAAAUUGUGUUUGUGACUCAGGGUUUAGAACUUCAAAUGAUGGAUUUUCGUGCGUUGCAUGCCCAGCAAACUGCCAAACCUGCACUGGAGGUGGAUACUACCAGUGUACAGCCUGUUUAACUGGGCAUUAUUUUCUUAAUAUUCAGUGCUUACCAGAGUGUCCAUCAGGAUACACACAAAAUUCAGGUACAAAAAACUGUGAUCUUUCUAUUGCAACUUAUUCGCUAGAUUUAUCUAAUAGUAUCUUGCUAGGUACCAUUUCUGGGAUAACUGUUGGGGCUUCAAAUGCUAAUUCAUAUUCAAACUAUGACCCAAAUGAUCCUUAUCCUUCUUAUUUGAGAGGAUACUAUUUUAAUUCUGAUAGCUAUAUAAAAACAAAUUUUAUGCUUGCUCCUUCCUUUUCAAUUUCUAUAUGAAUAAAAGCUACAACAUCUGGCCAGAUUAUUUCUAAGUUUGUAUCGGCAACUCAAUGACUUAUAUAUAUUUUGGCUUCAGGACAGCCAAAUAUUUCACUUCUUCUAUCAGAUUCAUCAACCAUUAUAUCAGUUACCGGAUCUUCAAGUGUGCUUAACAACUGAUUUUUUGUUUCAUUUGACUGCAUAAUUAAUGCUGAUGGGACAACAACGGUAAGUUCUUAUAUUGAUGGAACCAAUCAAGUCUCCUCUACUACAGCUACUCCACUUUACCUUUUAGACAGUCAAUCAGGAAUUAUGCAAAUUGGGGAUUCUAGUUUAGCAUUUACAGGAUUUCUAUGAACUCUUAAAAUUUGUACCCAAAGUGGCCAUGCUUUAGACGAUUAUCAGACAGUUGGAUGCUCAGGUAGCUGCACAAAGUGUCCAGCUGACUUAAGUUGCCCUGAUAACUGCUCUUUAUCCCAAUACUAUAAUGGCUCUGGCUGCACAAAUUGUAUAGCAAGCUGCAGUAAAGGGUGUAGAAAUGCUGACACUUGCAGACUCUGCAAGACCAAAGAAUGCGCCACCUGCACAGAGUUUUCUGGGACAAAUUCAUGCUUGACUUGCAUUGCAAAUGCUGUUGCUGAUGGGACUGGAGGCUGCACUUGCGGUACUAAUGCUUUUUGGGUAGCUUCAUCUCAAACAUGCGAAAUCUGUGAUGCCUUAUGCUCUACUUGUAUAAAAACAACUUAUUUUGAAUGCUCUCUUUGCUCAGGAAGCUCUCAACUGGUUGGGAACGUCUGCUUAAAUGGUUGUCCUUAUGGAUUUGGAUCUCCUUGUUCACCAGUCUCAACCCCUGUGAUAGAUCAAUCUUUCAAUAUAGACUUUCAAGGCUCUUAUGGGAUUUUUGCAACAGGAACAAGUACAUCAUCUUUUCAAUUUUUUAAUACUCCUGAAUCAAUUGACCCGAUUCCUGCAUAUAAGCGAGGCUUAUAUUUUGAUGGAAGCAUGUACUUAUUGUCGUCAGCUAACUUUUUGUUUUCACAUAGUUUUUCUAUAGGAGCUUGACUUUAUGUAAUCACUGAUGGAGAUUGGCUUGAAAAAGAAAGCCAGCAACUUGUUUUACAUUCUACAGGAGAUAUAAGUGCUAAAAUGGAAGACCCUACACAAACAGUGUCUACUAAAAGUUUAUCUUCAGGGUCUACUCUAACUAAUUGGAACUAUUUAUCAGUCACCUUUGAAUACACUUCUAGUGUCACAAAUCUCAAUAUUUAUCUCAAUGGUGUUUCAGUUGCAAAUACACUUAUUUUAAAUUAUGUGUUUAGAGACCUUGCUACCACAAAUUUAAUGAUCGGGAAAAGCAGCUCUUCAGGCUUUGUAGGGGUUAUCAAUGCUUUUCAGCUAUGAAAUUCUCCAAUUAAUGAUUUUUCAAGCUAUAUUAGUGCUAUUUGUGGCUCUGGCUAUGCUUGUUUAUGGUCUUGUGAUUUAUCUCAUUAUUAUGAUGGGACUACUUAUACAGCCUGCAAUUCCUGUAGUAAAGGCUGUGUCAGGUCAUCUAUAUGCAAUAUUUGUGAUGAUUUAUUAUGCUCUAUUUGUUCUGGAUUUGGCUCAGGAAAAUGCACCCAAUGCGUUUCUAAUGCUAGUGGAACUCCUUGUGUAUGUAAUCCUGGCUAUACAACUUCUGCUGAUGGGCUUUCCUGUGAUCAAUGCUCUUCUGGUUGCUCUCAAUGUACAGGUUUAACUUAUGUAAAAUGCACAGCAUGCUUUUCAGGGUAUUAUUUCUUUGCACCAACUGGGCAGUGCUUAGUUGAAUGCCCAUCUGGCUAUAGUACAAAUUCUGCAGGAAAAGCUUGCGAUUGGUCAUCAGAUUUAGGGAUUGGUCUAGACUUGACUGACCAAGUACGUCUUGAUACAGUUUCUGGGUUUAAUGUAGGCUCUGUGAAUACAAAUAUUUAUCCUGAUUGGAAUUUAGAUGCAAAGGAUCCUAUUCCUUCUUAUAAAAGAGGCUACUAUUUUUAUCAAAGCAAUUAUUUAUAUUCCACUGUCGUAAUAGCACCAUCCUUCACUAUUUCCCUGUGGGCAAAGCCACUUUCAGCUGGAGUUCUAUUGACUAAAUAUACUUUGAGCGAUAUCCUAAAAAUAUCAAUAGUCUCCUCAGGAUAUCCUUUGCUUUCAGUAACCUUUUCUGAUUCAUCAUCUCUCACUUUAACUACUCCAACAAACAUAAUAAGUAGUUGGAACUUUUUAAGCUUUACAGGGCAGGUCCAAAACGAUGGCAAGACGAAGUUGUCUCUCUAUAUCAAUACAGCGGCAUUUGCUGUUACCACAACGUCAUCUCUAAUUUACUUUAAAGAUACUAAUACAGGAAUUUUAUAUAUUGGAAAUGACGAAACCUCUGGGACUUUAGGAUUAUAUGGGUUUUUAGCAAGAGUUAAUAUUUAUAGCUCCUAUAGUCAUCAAUCUGAUGAUUAUUCUACUUCUUGUGGUGGUGGAUGCUCAGUUUGCCCUGCAAAUAAUCAAUGCUUAAGUAAUUGCGCUGUAAAUGAAUACCCAGAUAGCUGCACUGUUUGCUUGGCAGGCUGCAGCCAAGGGUGUGUCAGUAAUUUAUCUUGUAGACUUUGCAGGGACAAAGAAUGUUACUCGUGCACUACUUUUUCAGGUGAAUGUACAAGCUGCAUUACAAAUGCUUAUAAGCCUGUAGACCACUGUAUGUGCCUUACUAAUGCAAUAUUGCCUAGAAUAGCAUUUCUUUUGCAUUAGUAUGAUUUGGCAAUAUUUUCGAUAAAAAUCAUAAAUAAUCUGACAAGUCCAACAUUUUGGCAUGCUAAUUAAUUUGAACAUAAAAUUAAGCUACCAAGGGAGCUAUAGCCAUGCUCGUGACAUAUGAAUCUCAAGCACCCAAUCCUGUGAGCUCUGUAAUGCAGUGUGUGCUACUUGUUCUACUCUUAAAAUUGAUGGCUGUCUUACAUGCAUAGCAGGCCAUUAUUUAAUUCAGUCUUUAUGUAUUUCAUUUUGCCCUACUGGAUAUGUUAUAAAUGGUAACAAUUGUGAUGCUGAUCCUACUUAUACAGCCUUUUUAGUAUUUAAUUUAAUGCCACACCAAAUAAAAGAUAUUGUGCUAGAUUUAGCUUCAAGUAUCCCAGUUCUCACAGGUAAAGAUAACAAAUUUUACCCUACUUAUGAUGCAACUGAUCCAAUAGCAGCUAUUUAUAGAGGAUAUUACUUUUCUGGAUCAGCUUAUAUGCAGUUACCUCCUUAUACAGGCACAGCUUCAUCAUUGCUUACAUUGGCUCCUAAAUUCAUUAUUUCUACUUGGAUAAAACCAAUAUCUGGGACUGGGGUUAUUUUUUCUAAACAAAUUAAUAGUGGAGCAUUCAUUUACUUAAAUAGGUUUGACAUCAAGCCCACUGGGCUUCCCUCCUUGUAGCAAGUUAUCUCACUCACAAUGUGUCAGGUAACUAUUGAUGGUCGGCCAUCUUCAGUCCUUCCAGAUCUUGCAUGCAACUAGUUGAGUGUAAGGCAUGUUAAAGGUCCCAGUCUUCACCUCCUGGGUUGAUGGCGCAUUUCUUAAACUUUUUUUUCUUAUUUGGAUGACUCCAGUACUCCACACGGCUAGGUUUAAUGCUCCAUUAUUACCGAGAUAAGCUUUAUUGGCGAGUCAAGCCUGAAGACAAAAUUUUAAAAGAUUUAUUUUUGAUCGAGAAACAGAAAUUCGAACGACACUACAUUUAUAGUAAAGCAUUUACAAAAUAUGUAAGUCUUGAACUAGUAAAUAAAUUUCCUUCACUUACUCUGACUCUUCAAGAAUCCACUACAAUUACUUAUACAAGUGCUCUUGCCUCAUUGGAGACUACUCUUUCUCAAUGAAAUUUUAUUUCAGCUCUGUCUGACAUUAGUACAACUCCUCACUCCAUAUCUAUAAGAAAGUAUUUUUCUAAAAAUUAUUAAUAAUUAUAAAUUUUAUAUGAAAAAUUCAUAUAAAAAUUAAGACACUAUUGACAUCCUAAAAACAGAGCUCUACCCAAUAAUUGAAAGAGAAUGUAAAAUUAAUUAUCGCAGUGGAAAGAAGCAAAAAAGGCACUUAUUGGCUAAUUCAUAAUCCAUAAGGAUAUUUGAUGCCUAUAGUCGUUAUAUUUAAAGAUUCUUUAUUCUUAUCUUUUAAAGAGGGAUUUAAAAAUGAUUUUGCUCGCUCACGGAGGGGAAGUAAUUUGCAGUUGGAUUAUUUUUUAAUGGAAUAUUAAUUAAGAGUUAGCAAAUAGUUAAGCUUACUGCAAAUCUAAAUACUGAUACAUCAAGCGAUUUGCAUGCAAGUUGGCUAAAUGAUUUAGAAAGUUCUUUUUUCAAUUUGAUUGGAGCAAGUUACCUUGAUUCUACAACUUUAACAUCAUUUUUUAAUGGGUUUCUAUGGGAUCUGAAAAUCUAUAAUACAAUUACAGCCAGUCCUUUAGCGUCAAGCUCUUGCAGCGGGUGCUCAUUAUGCCCAAUUGAUAAUUCUAAUACUUGCUUACUCUUAAUUCAAAAACAAAUAAUGAUCCAUUUUUUAAAAUAAUUAACUAUUUGGUUAAAAGAGAGAAUUUUUUUAAAUAUAAUAUUCUUAUUUAAAUUAAUUAUUAAUUAAAGCUCUAGAAUUUCUAAAUUAUAAUAAAAAAUUCACCCUUUCAUAUUCAAAGAAAUCGGCAUACUCAGCAAGAUAAAAAUAUUUUGUCGACAGAAUUAGAUAAUUGUCUUAUAGACAAAUACUGAAAUGGUAUUAUCUGCGAUUCAUGCUUGUCUGGAUGCUCAACUGUUGGCUGCGUUAGAAAAGAUAACACUUGUAACCUUUGCCAAGAUAUCAUAUGCAAAAUAUGCGAUAAUUAUACAAAUACCUGCAUUACUUGCAAAACAUAUGCAAAUUUAGUAGGCACAACCUGUAAAUGUGAUGAUGGGUAUUACUGAAAUUCUGGUACUGAAAAUUGCGAAGCUUGUGAUUCUUCUUGUAAAACCUGCACAUCUUGGAAUUAUUUAGACUGCUUGACAUGCGCUGAUGGCUAUUAUAUGGCGUCAGGAAUUUGUGGGUCCAGCUGUCCGUCAGGGUAUUCUUCAACUCCAAGUGGAUGUGUGCUGGUUCAAGAAAAAAUAUUUGACUUAGAUUUAAAUACACUGAAUGGAGUCAAAUUAUUUUUACAGACAAUAUAUCGGAAAAUUGAAAUCUUAAAGAAAAAAAUUUGUAAAAUUCCUAUAUGUAAAUUGCAGAUAAAUUUAUGCACCAAUGGAGUCAUAUAUGAUAAAGCAAGCCUAAUACCAGUCGUUACUGGGUCAACAAAGCAAUUUUAUCCUGAUUAUGAAGCUGAUGAUCCAAUUCCAGCUUAUUUAAGAGGAUUUUGAUUUAAUGGACAAUCCUCAGUUUUAAGACUGCCUGAGUAUUCAAAUUAUACAUUGCCAAGACUUGUGAUUGCCCCUACCUUUACAAUUUCUAUAUGGCUAAACAUUGAGAGCCCAUACUCUGCUAUAUUGUCAAAACAUAUGCUAAUAUAUAAAUCUAAUGAAAUUUAUUUAAAUUAAAGGAAUAGAAAAUUAGCUUUAAUAUGAAAAUUAUAUAUAUAAUAAUUAAAGUAUAACAUUUCUAAUGAUUAUUCAACGCUUUACUAUAUAUCGAUAAUGGACAGCAAGCCUAUAAUUUCAAGCUCUUUAGGCUUAUCUCCAAUUUUUCAUAUAUGUGAAGCAUCACUUAAAAUUUAUGAAUGGAGCCAUUUAGCAUUUACAUUGGAGACUGCUUCUGGUGGCUAUAAUACAUUGUCUUGCUCUAUAAAUGGUAUAUCUUAUUCUCCUAGUUUGACAGGAUAUGGAGUUUUUAGUGAUGCUGGUCCUCAUACUACAAUGACUAUAGGAGCUCAAGUAAGUGCAUCAUCUAUUUAUAAUUUCUAUCAAGGCUUUAUGUAUAGUAUUCAGAUGUUUAAUAUUGCCAAAUCAGUAUCAAGCCUAUCGACUACCUCUUGUACUGAAGCCUGCAGUGCUUGUCCUAUCAGUCAAAUCUGUAUCCCUAAUUGUAAAAUAAAUCAAUAUUGGAGCGGCCCUGCUUAUAAUAUAUGCUAUCAGUGUAAUACGAAAUGCAAAAAAAACUGCAGGGACUGGAAACCUACUUGCUCACUUUGUAGCAAUUCAUUAUGUGACGUCUGCACUGAUUAUUCUGCUUCUGGCUGCACAACUUGUAAAGAAAAAGCGAUUAACCCUGACUCAUGCAUUUGUGAUGUAAAUUAUGUCCUUGACACUUCCACUAAUAAUACAUGCAUUCCUCUGGAAGCUGGAGGAUUCAGAGGUCCUGAUGGAAUUUUAUACUCGUGUCCAAGCUACUGUAUUAGUUGUGAGUCUCUUACUAACUGCACUGCUUGUGUAGAAAACGCAAGGUUAAAGAAUAAUCUAUGCUAUUGUGAUCUAGGCUACAAUGGCACGAAAAAUUGUACUUUACUCCCCCAUUUUAAAGUAGAUCAAAAAAUCUGUUCAAUUUACAAAAUUAAAUAUAAAAUUUUUUAUGAAAAUAAUUAAUAAAAUUUAGGGUCUUGUUCAAAUAGUAUUCUAAUUGUAUAUUUGUUUUAAAGUUGAACAAGCUAUCAGGAAUUUAAAUUUUCCAUCAUUCAUUCCAAUUUAAAGGGGGAAUUUAGUUAAUUUUUCAGUGAAAGUUUCCGUUUUAUCUGACAAUUCUCUUUAUCUCACUUUUUCAGACAAUCUUGCUGACUCCCCCCCCCCCUCCGUGAGCGAACAAAACCAUUAGAAAAAUCGCCAUUUUUUGACCAAAAAACCCACCCUCCGUGAGUGAACAAAAAUUUUUUUAAUAGAAAAAAUUUUUAAUGGAAAAAAAUUUGGAUAUAUAAGUGAUAAUUAGUAUAAUGAAAUCUAGAGCUAAUUCUGUUUAAUUUUAAACAAAUUGCGUUUUAAAACAUAAAUUUUGCAAAUUAAAUUAAUAUUUGCUUCCCAAUUUUUGCAAAUUAGGAUUUUUUUAAAUUUCGAAAAAAAUAUUUUUUAUAAAAUUUAUAUAUAAAUUUUUUUUAAAAAAAAAAAUUAACCCCCCCUCCGUGAGCGAACAAAAUUUUUUUUGUUCGCUCACGGAGGGGGGGGGAGUGAGAGCCUUACUCUAAAUGAUUUUACUAUAACAAUUGCAAAGCAAGGUAAAAUUUCAUGCAAACUAGAGCAGCUUAAUAACACUUGUUACUAUAUAUCUUUAAUAAUAUCAGAAGAAAUAUCUAAAGGCACUAUAGCUACUCUUGAGUUUUUAAAUUUAACCGAAAUGAGGUCAGCUUCUAAUGGGGUCUUAAAUUCAUCAGAAAUCUCAAUAUCCUUGAACUCUUAUGAUCCUGCACCUUAUUCUCCAGCCAUUGCGGCAGUCACUUCUCAAGCUACAGCUAGUGCCCAAACUGCUAUUUCUGGAGCUGUUGCUUUAUCUGUUGUGAAUCCAAAUCCAAGUUCUCUAUGAAGUAUGAUGAAUAGUUUGCAAAUUCUUACUCUUCAGUCAACGCAAAAUAAUCAUUUUUAUAGAAAAAAAAAUUAAUGCUGGGAAUAUCACUUUUAGCUUAACUAAAAAAUAAAAGCCCAAAAAUACUGUUAAAAUCUUUUUUAUAAUGUUCUAUGCAUCCUUAUAUACUAUUAUAUUUUCCUUUCUUUUAACUAUAUCAUGACAUUUUUGAGGCAAAUUUCUAAGGCUACUCUUAAAGUGGGAAGCUCUACCUGUAUACAAAACUUUAAAUUAUAAAUUAUUAUAUUAAAUAAAAAAUUUUUGAGUCUUUAUUUUCUAGGAGAUAGCUACUUGACUUUAUCAGGAAUCCCUUUUUCUAGCAAAAUGAGCAGUUUUUUGAACAAUUUGAAUUCUUUUAAUUUAUUUCCAAAUGUUUUUAAGUAUGUCAUUGAUAAAAAUGAAGGAAAUACUCCUUACUCUCAAGCAAAGAAUUUUGGGUUUGACACUGAUCUGAUAUUAAUAACUACAGGAAAUGAUUUUAUAGUCCGUUCCCGGCUAUAGAUCGGGCUUAGCCCGAUCUUUGCCAGGAAACUCGGGGGGUUGUCUCAGUCACUUUGAGGUGACGAGUCAACUCCCCGAGUUGGCAAAUCACCAAUAGCGGCUAUUUGCCAACUCAGGGAGUUGACUCGUCACCUCAGGGAGUUGACUCGUCACCUCAGGGAGUUGACUCGUCACCUCAGGGAGUUGACUCGUCACCUCAGGGAGUUGACUCGUCACCUCAGGGAGUUGACUCGUCACCUCAGGGAGUUGACUCGUCACCUCAGGGAGUUGACUCGUCACCUCAGGGAGUUGACUCGUCACCUCAGGGAGUUGACUCGUCACCUCAGGGAGUUGACUCGUCACCUCAGGGAGUUGACUCGUCACCUCAGGGAGUUGACUCGUCACCUCAGGGAGUUGACUCGUCACCUCAAAGUGACUGAGACAACCCCCCGAGUUUCCCGGCAAAGAUCGGGCUAAGCCCGAUCUAUAGCCGGGAACGGGCUAUACUUUAAUAUUGACUUCUCUAUCAGUUUUUCCAAUUUUUUUCUUCUUUUCGCGAUGCUCAUUCAGGUGGGUAGGGAAGAAAUUUGUGAAAACAGUUAAGGCUUAUCAAUUUGCCUUUUAUUUAAGAUUUUGGAUACAAUGCUAUCUAGAGCUGGGAGCAGCUGCAAGUGUUGGACUUAUAACGCUUGGCUUUAGCAAUAUAAGUAGCGUCCUGCAGUUGCUAGCUAUUAGUAAAAUCUCCCUUAUCAUCUAGAAUAAGUUUUAAAUAAUAAUAAUUAAACUUUUUUAUUAUUCAAAAUAUUUAAGACUGCCAACAGUAAUUCACUGAGAAGAUGGAAUAGACCAAUCCACAGAAUUGCCUGAGUUAUAUCACUCAAAUAACAAAUUUUAUUAUUUGCUCAGCUGUUUAUGUUCUAUUAGUUGUUACCCCACCAGCAUAUUUUUGGUUUUCUUAUAAAAAUAAAAAUCGGAUCCAAUCACGAGAAAAAACAUUUACAGAUCUAUUCAGCUCAUUUUUUUAUGAAUUUCGAACUGAUCGUGGGCUACUUGCAACACAAUAUUACUUUGUGUUCUUUAUAAGAAGAUUUAUUUAUAUAAUAAAUUUAGUCUUCUUAAGAGAUUAUCCACAAACAGAAGUGACUAUUAACGUCGUUCUUUCUAUGAUGACCAUUUUGCAUUUAAUUUUCUUUUGGCCAUUUGAAGACUCAAUUUUGCAAGUAUGUAAUUUAUUGACUGAAAUCUCAAUUUUUUUGAUAAUGAGCUCAUCCUCAGUUUAUUUAUUUAAUUUAGACCAGGAUAUUGUUUCAACUAUUGAAAAUGGAAUUGUAGCAAUUGUGAUAGCUAUUAUGGGAAUUCAAUCAUUUGCUUCAGUAGCCAUUUUUGCAAGGACUUUGUUUGGGAUUAUCCAUCAUAAGCUUACCAAAGCAGGGAUUGUAAAACGAAGCGUUCACCCAUAUAAAACUCAAGUUUCAAAAGUUGAAAAAUAA